AUGGAUGCAAGCACUAAUGAAUGCUGUAUAGCAGAGGUCGAUAUAUCUGAAUGGACAGCAGAGAAGAUAAAAAGCAUGCUUGAUAUAAAAGGAUACUGUGUUAACGAGAUGGAUGUAGAUGUCAAGAUACACAGGCAAGGCACAACAAUCAGGAUGGUGUAUAUGGUGAGCUUUGAAUGUGUUAAUGAUGGAUUAAGCUGUGGAGUGAAAGGAUUCCGCAGUAUAUAUGAGGGUGCGGAAGGAAUAGAGAAGUUUGAGUGGUUUUCAGAUUUCUUUGCCGAAAUUGAAGCUGAGGCAGUCCUGAAGUAUGGGAGCAAUGUUGUCGGUGAUGAAUGCAAGAAGCAAGUUGUAGUUGAUGGAAGUGGAAUGCAGAAGGAUGGAUGCAUUGAAGGAGAAAGUGCAAACAAAAAAAGUGAAUGUAUAAAUACAAAUACGCCUGAGGCGAAGACUAAGAGGAUGAUGUAUGUGACAAGGAUGAACUGCGAAGCUGAGGAGAUUUGUGCGUUUCUGUCUGACAAGCAGUAUGUUUCUGUGUGGGGUACAGAUGUAAGGCUUGACGGCAGCAAGGUGCAGAUUGUGAAUGUGACUAUACAGAAUGUUAAAACUGCGAAGCAGCAUGAUGGAGCAAUGUGUGUUACAAUGAAUUGGAAGUUUGAUGGAUGGAGCAUGUUUUCCGAUGUUUCUGUGCAUAUUGAAUCAAAAGAUGGGAUUAGCAAGGUAAGUGUGAGGCAGGAGCGUGUUCCGAUUGCAGCAGUCAAGAAUGUCGAGGCAUGGUGGAGAGAAGCGGCGUUUUCACGAAUUGCAUUGAACUUCGGAUUUUCAAUUAUGCCUAUGGAUGAUGAAUAA